CAACGGAGCCAUGCGGCGCUAUUAGUCGAAGCACGUACAUGUGGACACAUCUUAUCUUCGUGCAUUCCUUCGAAGGAUACUAGGUUAUUUUAUCUUGCGCAUUUACCACAUUCAUCUAGAAUUUCCAAAGCCGCACAGUCAGCAAUGGGAAAGAAGAAAGGAGGCGGCGUACGCAUUAAGCAGAUGGGGCCGAAGCAGUCGCCGCCAAAUUUAAAUCCCAUGGAAGCUCUGCAGAUUCCGCAGGAGGAAAUGGUGCAGCUGCCCUUGUCUCCGGACCGAUCCUAUCAAGUAUUCUGGCCAAUUCAAGAGUCAUUUACGAUGAAAACGGAAGGAUUUCAAGUAAUUUAUCCUUCGUACGUGGAUUCAAACAAAUCGGUGAAAGAGGGGCGGCGAGUGUCGCUAAAAAAUUCAAUCCCGUGUCCAACAGUGAUGGAUCUGUCUGAAGCUCUACAAUCGAUGCAAGUACGACAUGUGAUUCAACCGUACAAGGGAUACAGUCGUGACAUUUCCUGUCAAUGGGAGAACCCUGGACGAAUAAUGGUCGAUGUCACGAAUCAUCGUAAGUUGGAACUUUUGGUAGAAAUGGCGACACGGAUGGAUGCUUUACCCAGUCGCGAAACUCGGCUGGUUCAGGAAGCCAUGCAAAAGGCAGAAGAGGAGAAGGCGGCUGACGAAAGGUCGGCGAUCGCCGCCGCGGCAGCAAAGUCUUGUGCUCCGAAACGAAUCACGUCGUCGACGGCCAACAACAAAAAGAAAGGGAAAAAAGGGAAAAAAUAAAAGGCAACAAUCAUCUCUUUUACAGUCUGCAAUGCGCUACAUGUGACUAACCAGAAGCAUUGUUGUAAACCUCUUUGUUAUUCGGGUGAUGAUACUACCAA